GUGGACUUGUGGCAGCCCAGCAGCCCCUUCCACAUCGUUGAAGGUACUGUCACCGACGUGCGAGUAUCACAGAACACAUCCCAAAGUCUGCUGCCGUACCUCCAGCAAGCAAACAUCCAGUACACGAUUCUCAUAUCAGACCUACAGAAAGCAAUAGAAAAGCAAACUGGACUGAAGUCAUCGAGGAAUCGAAGGUCCCUCUCUGGGUAUAACUAUGAAGUGUAUCACUCCCUGGAAGAAAUCCAGGGUUGGAUGCAUCAUCUGAAUAAAACUCAUUCAGAUCUUGUUCACAUGUUCUCUGUUGGAAAAUCCUAUGAAGGGAGACCACUGUUUGUACUCAAGUUAGGUAAAAGAUCACGGCCCUACAAGAAAGCUGUCUGGAUAGACUGUGGAAUUCAUGCAAGAGAGUGGAUUGGCCCUGCCUUUUGCCAGUGGUUCGUGAGAGAA